UCCUCUUCUUCUUCUUCCUCCCAGCACUCAAAAUCGCCAGACACAGCGCUUGGUUUGAUCACUCCAGCGUACACGCUGAUGUCACCCUGUUUGCCGCCGCCCUCCACCUUCUCAGCCGAGCUACAAUAGACAACCCUCCCUCACUCUCCCCCAUAUCUGUACAAUCUGUCAAGCCAAUCUAUCAACAUCAUGGGCUACAGCCAACAACCCUCACUCACUCCCUCUUCCUCUUCUUCUUCUUCCUCCCAGCACUCAAAUUCGCCAGACACAGCGCUUGGUUUGAUCACUCCAGCGUACACGCUGAUGUCACCCUGUUUGCCGCCGCCCUCCACCUUCUCAGCCGAGCUACAAUAGACAACCCUCCCUCACUCUCCCCCAUAUCUGUACAAUCUGUCAAGCCAAUGUAUCAACAUGAUGAGCUACAAUAGACAACCCUCCAUCACUCUCCCCUCCUCCUCCUCUUCUUCCUUGGGCGCUCCUCUACGGGCAUCUCAACGCCCCCCCUGUCAAAUCGAUAGUGCAGCCUCUCCAUGGCCCGCCGGUGUGCGAUGGCCAUCUGCUUGGCCUCCUCGUCGCCGCCCUCCUUCCACUUGGCCCGCCAACUGUUGGUGCUCUUGUCGUAGGUGACGCCCCUGACGCCGCACUGGUGCUCAGCCGGCUUCUGCACAGCCGCUCGCCCGGUGGCCACCAUCUCGAGACGGUGCUCCUCAGCCAACGCCUGACAUACAUACAUACAUACAGGUGCAACAUGAGGCUGACAUAACAGCAUGAAGUUCAGCCGAUUAAGUGGUUACCUUGGCCUUGUCGCCGUGCUCCUUGACGUAGAAGGUCUUGUGCUUAUGCCUGCCGUCAGCCUUCUCCCACCAGGAAGCCACCCAGGCCUGGGUAUUCUCGUUCCAGGAAACACCCGGCACACCAGACUGGUGUGCUGCAGCAAACACACACACACACGAGAACACAGGUGUCGCCGGUCCACAGGUGUACAGAAAUUCGUGUGGGCAGCCCGUUAGAAUGAUAUCCACAUUGGACAGACUCCCGACGUGAAUCGUUCCAGCGCGACGCGCAUUGGAGGAGACUCAGUCAAGAGGAGUCUCAGGCAUUGGCACAGGGCUGCCAACGGCGCGCCACACAGUGCGCCACAUCAGCUACUGCACCUGGUCCAGUCGAGGACAGAAUUCACCACUUUCCACGAGUUCGUGGAUCACUUGCGCGUCCCCACUUCCCUCCAGAUGUCGCGGAACGACAUGCACCAAGAACAUGGCUCGAUGGAG